AUGACCGUCCUGCUGUGGAUCGUGACCAACUUCAUCCGAUGGGUGCGGUUGAAGAUCUACCAGUACGAGGUGACUUUCGCCAUUUACAUGCUCACCCCGACGGAAAAGUUCAUCUUCAACUCGCUGCUCCUCACUCUCAUCACCAUGAUCGCUACCGGCAUCUACAUCUACCUCCCGGACCACCUCCGCUCCAUCUACGGCCACAUGUACUACUACUGGGCCGGCGAGCGGCCCUUCAUCCCGAGCCGCUUGACAUCCCUCAGCUCGGUCCUGGGGGAAAGCGCCACACAGGGUCUAGAGGUCGUCUACGAGACCGCAAAGAACACGGUCGCUGCCGCGGCCACGACCGAGCAGAUUGUGGCCGAUGAAUUGUGA